AUGGCCCGGCCCAUUUGCGUGGAGAAGUAUCCAAUCCGGUUUUGGGAACAUUUUGGAAGGCCCCAGUCGGUUUAUACCGGUUUUGGGAACCUUCCAGAAGAAAAAAUGUACAACAAAUAUGAAGCUUCCUACAGUAUAAUCAUGCAAUAUCAAUACCGGGUUUUGCCCCGGGCCAGCCCGCCCCGAUCCCAGAUUUUCGUGCCGAUUGAGCCCUUGAGGGACGCGCAGUUUAUUCUCCUGCGCCGCAGCCACCUCCAGGACGCCGGCGUGCCCUGCCUUCUCCCCGGAGCUAAAAGUUUACAGAAGAAGCCAGCUAUGAGGACUCCUGGUCAUGCUAAGAAGGUGAAAAAUGUGACGAAUGAUGCAAUUGACGGCAAGCGGGGCAUGAUCUACAUUCCAGACCAGAAGAUUUCAAAAUUGACCUUAACAAAAGACAUAAAGGGUCUGAAGCGGGAGCGCCGUGACGCCAAGAAAAACAAGGGGCACUUGAAGAAGCAAAAGCUGAGGAAGAAGAAGAAGCCCGCUCCCAGGAGUGCAAAAUGA